AAAGAUAAGUACUCAGUAGUUUUCAGGACGGUUCGGUGUACUGUUGAGCCACUCAUCGAUCCACGAGUACCAUAUUUUUCUACAAAUUGUCUUCCCUAUAAAAAAGCACACAAAAUGAAUAAACAAAAAUGUAUUAAAAAAAGUACACAGUGGUUCUGUUGAGAUUGAUACUCAUCUCUCUGCGUGGUAAAAAUGUGAUUUCUGUGGAAUUCAACGCAAUCACGUACGACAUUUAAGAUCAUGAAAUACCGGGUUAUCACGCUUCGUGGUUCGCUAUCAUUCUUGACUUUAUACUUGGGAAUCAUCUCCAUUGCAUUAUGCCAAAAUAAUUGUCCUACAAGAUGCUUGUGUUACCUCAGCCAAUUACCAAGGAGUAUAGUGUGUUCGAGGCAAGGCUUGGAAGUGUUUCCUGAAAAUAUCAGUGACGUGGUGGAGCAGUUAAACUUAUCAAAUAAUUUGUUGACGAAUGUCAGCAGUGACGUUAAUCGACUGACAGAGUUGCAAUAUUUAAAUUUAGCAAGGAAUAAAUUAAGUUCGUUACCUGAUGAUUUGAGUUCCUUAAGAAAUUUACGGAGAUUGGAUUUAAGUGGCAAUGAAAUACACAGGAUUCUUGAUAUUAGUUCUAUAGAACAAUUACCAUCUUUAAUGGUGGCAUAUUUGUCGAAAAAUCCAUUGUCUAGUUUGGAAGGUCUUAGAAGUAGUAGCCUUGAAGCUUUAGACGCUAGUCAGUGUGGAAUAAGAGAACUUAGUAAUACAUCAUUAGACGGUUUACCAGAGCUGAGUACGUUAAGCCUAACUGGAAAUCCUUUGAAACUCAUUCAAAACCCAUGGAAUCCAAAAUUACGAUGGCUUGAUGCAUCUGACUGUCAUCUGAAUUACUUGAGGCCGGAUACAUUCGAAGGGUUCCCGGAACUUGAAGAAUUAAAACUGGCCAAUAAUCCUACAUUAGUUUACAGUAUGAGACACUCAACGCUACAGCAUACAAAGCUAAAGAAACUCGACGUUUCAGGAUGCAAUUUAGACAGACCCGGACUUCACGGAUUGCCGUUUUUGACCCACGCCCGAUUAUCCCGUAACAGGAUUUGCAUGUUACCCGGUCGAAUUUUCGCUAAAAACAGAGAACUUGGAUUUUUAUAUCUAAAUUCGAACGGUAUCGCAAGUCUGAAUACGAGUACUUUCGAUGGUCUAGUGAAGCUGCAAGUACUAGAUUUGUCAGCAAACAGCAUCGAAAUGAUUCAUCCACUGACGUUUCACGAAAACGUAGAAUUGAAAUCGCUCAAUUUAUCUUUUAAUAACUUAUACGAAUUGCCAAAUUUUACGUCGUCUGUAACGUCGUUGGACGCGUCAUCGAAUGGCAUCGUUAAGCUUGUUGAUAAUUUUUUAUCGAAUAUGCCAAAAAUAAGAAGUAUCAAUUUGAGUGAUAACAGAUUAGAGAGGAUACCAUCUACACUGAAAUCCACAACCUUGAAGAAUCUAGGAUUACAUGGAAAUAGGAUAAUGGAAGUGGACAAUGACACUUUUCUUCAGUUGCCUCAGCUUAUAAGAAUUGAGUUAUCAGGGAAUCGUUUAACAGGAGCACUAGACCCAGAUAUGUUUCAAAACAAUCCAAAUUUAGAUAGCAUUAAAUUGGAGGAUAAUCCAUGGCGUUGCGAUUGCAAGGAAUUAUUUAUUAUGUACAGUUUCUUAACGGAAUCACCUGCUAAAACAUCAGAAACGAGUUUAAUAUGUCAGAGUCCAGCAAACGUGUCUGGUUAUACUUGGAAAAGUGCCUGUUUCGAUGAUUGGAGUUCCCCUUUGUAUCACAACGUUGACAGAACAUGGGGAUUUAUAGUGGUCUCUGGUCUUACGGUCAUCGUUUUGUUGGGUAGUUUUGUGUCCAUUAGACACAUGAUGAGAGUUAAAAGAAGAGCCAUGGAACAAAGACAGCAAUUGGAAACAUUGAGAUUAUUAAGACGAAGAAGAAUCCAUCAAAUUGUACAAGAAGAAGAACGGGUUGAGCGUGCUCCAGAGCCAAGAAUCCAUCCAUUAGAAUUAAUAGGACCACCUAGUUACGAGGAAGCAGUGCAGAUGCCACGUCUGGCACGUUCUUUGGAUAAUUUGGAUGAAAUCUCGGUAGAUACAUCAACGAUACGUAUGAUGAGUUCAGCUGAUAAUAUAAGGGUGAAGCAACGAAGAUCCAGGAGACCAAAGAAAAGAAUUCACAGUGAGGAUGACUUGCUUCGAAGAGAAGAACGACGACAAGAAAGAAUCAGAAGAGAAAGGAACAGCUCGAUCGGUAACAGUGGAAGUGAACUACCAUCGGGACAAAGGAAUUUUAGAUCCUCUACGACUCGUACCAACAGAAGGCACAGCGUGAUGAGCGAUUCCAAUGAUACCGGAAACGGAAGAGUGCGACCCAGGCCGCAAACACCGAGCGCAAGAAAAAAGAAACGUAGACGAACGCUUUACGACGGACAUUCGAGCGACGAUGAAGACUCAGAGGUUGAACCAAUCGGUUCAAGUAGGUCAAUUGUCAUUCGAGAACUUCGAAGAGAACCCAGAGGUGGUCGUAGAGAAUCUACAGUAGAACGAGAGGAUCCUGAAUAACCACUGGAUGUGAUUUUGACAAGAGUGUUGUUAUAUAUUGACAUUCCUAAGAAUUCAGUCAUCAACUUUGAUCAUGAUUAUUAAAAAUUAAUAACAACUGUCUGGUGAAAUGUUUCCAUGCAAUAAUAGCAUUUGUUAUACCUGAAAAUUCAAAUAUUUAUAUUUUAUUUUGUGGUGUUUAUCAUUUUAAUAUAUGUAUUUAAUAAAUUGUACAUUGAAAUCACUGCCACUGUGUAUAGAAAGCUAGGAAUUAAAAGAUGAACAAAAAUAGAAUGCAAUUAAUUAAAUAUUUUUGGAUAUCA